AUGUCUUCUACUACCAUGAUCGCCAACCGUACCUCCAUCAUCCCCGCCAACCGCUCCGUCGUCCGCCACAAGCUAGGCGUAGAUAUGACCAUCACAGCCGGCGGAGAGGUUACCGGUUUCGAGCUCACAGACGCUACAAACAAGACCCUUAUUUGGACUGGCUGCGCCAGCACGGUCAAGAUUAGUUGGAACAAUUAUGGAGUAAAAGACGUCGCAAACCAAUAUCGGGAUCUUCUCAGCUACCUGCAGACGUUCACGAAAGUUUCUUAUUACACUUGCCCAGAAGUGCAUGACUUGCGCUGUACCGUCAAUAUCACCUUCGAGAACAGCGACCAAGCCACGAUGGCAGUCAAAGACCUCGCGCACCACUAUUCGGAGUACCUCCUUUGUGAUCAGGCCUUCGAGGCCCGUGUUGGAGUACCCUACGACCAGAUGAGUACGAUCUCUAAGAAAUUCAACGAACUUCAUGUCCUCGCCCUCCGCGACAGAGUGACCACCGAGGUCCAGCGAUCAGAGACCAUGGCCACUAUCACCAUUACCGGCUACAACAGACUGGCUGUGACCAACAUGAAGAGACAGCUUGCGGAGCUCAUUGAGCAAAGCACCAUCCUCGACACCACUACCAUUCGCGCUCCCGAGAUCCAGUUAGAACGUACUUGCAUGGCCUGCUUUGACAUCCUCAAACGGCCCGUUCUGCCAUCUUGCGGACAUCAAUCACUUUUCUGCGCCGAGUGCCUGCUCGAGACAUACAGAGCCAACCACAAGAAGGGGCCUCUCCGCUGCACCGAGCAGAACGACAACGGAGAGUUAUGCAGCCAGCCUAUCGACCUCGAGUGUCUCGCCAACAACCUACCUCCAGCACUCUUUGAGGAUUUUCUCGACCUGGCCGCUAACGCCUUCGUGGCACGCAACCCUAAUCUUGUACGCCACUGCCCCACACCAGGGUGCCGCCAAGUGUACCAGCCAACUCCUAAGACCGAAGGCUCCAUGGGCACACCAAAGACAUGCCCGGAUUGUCUGGUGCGUCUCUGCACCACGUGCGGCCACCAACAUGACAACGACAGUCCCUGUGAGUCCAUGAUAGACACAGAUCUCGAACAGGCCAAAAAAGACCUUGAGGCCAGAGAUUGCCCCGGAUGCUCAACUCCGAUAGUCCGAUAUGAGGGUUGUAACAAGGUUGAAUGCCCAGGAUGCGGUACUUUCAUCUGUUGGUCAUGCAUGAAAACGUACACCACCGCCCUUGCAGCCUACAACCAUAUGGUAAAGGAUCACGGCACCGUCGGCGAGGGAUAUAUUGCCUUCGACGACAACGGCGAUCCCAUCCUGCCUGAAGAUGAGCGAAUCGAGAAUGAGCUUGCAGAACUCCAAUUCCCCGUCGACGACGAAGAUCUCGAGCCCGCACAAGACGACGGAAGGGAUAGGGGUGAGGGGCGUAUGGAGGCGCGCGUCGAAAAACAACAACCACAACAAGAACGACCGCUCGCUCAGGAUCUUCCCGUCGGCCAAAGCUGGUGGUAG